ACUCCAGCCAGUCGCGCGUCAAACGUCGAGCGUAUCGCACGUCUGUCGCGACAUACCACGCAACUUACCAGCCAUGUGGUGAAGUGAAACUGUCAAACGUGAUACACUUUCGCAUACCGGUGUUGUUUCAGUGAACGCUGUCUAACUUUACAAUUUGACUUGUGGUGAUUUAUGUGUUCCUAGUGCCACUGUUUUGGAAAAUUGGAUUAUACGAACGAAUAAUGGCCUUAGCCAGGUAUAAUCAGCAAACCACGCGCGCUUCUUGGUUAAAGCUCGGCUCGGGCAGCGAGUGUGGCGGCGGAGGGUCGGGCGGCGGCGCGCCCGCUCCUCAGUCGGCGCGCGUGUCCUCCAACGGCGCCGGCGGGAUGGCGGUGAGCCGCGUGCCCAGCCCGCUGCACGACGGGAACACGCCCGUCGCGGAAAACUGGUGCUUCACACAAGUCAAAGUGGUCAAAUUCAGUUACAUGUGGACAAUAAAUAAUUUUAGUUUUUGUAGAGAAGAGAUGGGUGAAGUGUUAAAAUCAUCGACUUUCUCAGCCGGUGCAAGUGAUAAGUUAAAAUGGUGUCUUCGUGUUAACCCCAAAGGACUCGAUGAAGAGAGCAAAGACUAUUUAUCGUUAUAUCUAUUAUUAGUGUCGUGUAAUAAAUCAGAAGUCAGGGCAAAGUUUAAAUUCUCAAUAUUAAACGCAAAGAGAGAAGAAACUAAAGCCAUGGAGUCACAGCGGGCGUACAGAUUCGUCCAAGGAAAAGAUUGGGGAUUCAAAAAAUUUAUCAGAAGAGAUUUCCUAUUAGACGAAGCGAAUGGCCUCCUGCCCGAAGACAAAUUAACGAUAUUUUGCGAAGUGUCAGUGGUUGCGGACAGCAUCAAUAUUAGUGGGCAAAGUAAUGUCAUGCAGUUCAAAGUACCAGAAUGCCGGUUGUCCGACGAUCUAGGAGCCCUGUUCGACAACGAAAGGUUCUCGGACGUCACGUUAGCGGUCGGAGGGAGGGAAUUCCAGGCGCAUAAAGCUAUAUUAGCAGCGCGGAGUCCUGUUUUUGCAGCCAUGUUUGAACACGAAAUGGAGGAGAGGAAAAGAAAUAGAGUAGACAUCACAGACGUGGACCAUGAGGUUUUAAGAGAAAUGCUACGGUUCAUAUACACGGGGCGAGCGCCUAACCUCGACAAAAUGGCAGACGACUUGCUAGCAGCCGCUGAUAAGUAUGCGCUGGACAGAUUAAAAGUGAUGUGUGAAGAGGCGCUCUGCUUGAGUCUGUCGGUGGAGACCGCCGCCGACACCCUCAUCCUCGCCGACCUGCACAGCGCCGACCAGCUCAAGGCGCAGACAAUCGAUUUUAUUAAUACGAGCCACGCGACGGACGUGAUGGACACGGCGGGCUGGAAGAACAUGAUCCAGUCGCACCCGCACCUGAUCGCGGAGGCGUUCCGCGCGCUGGCGACGCAGCAGCAGCAGAUCCCGCCCAUCGGGCCGCCGCGCAAGCGCGCCAAGCAGCUCUAGCGGCCGGCGCGCUCCGAGGGUUACACCUGCCCUGAACUAUCGAAGGGCUGAAGAACGGAGCAAGUAUUUCAUAGAAAACGCCGCCCGGCUGUAUGCUUGCAUCCCUUUCUGUUAUCACCGUCCGCCCGACGAGACACUAUAGAAGUUAUUGCGAUCGUGUUAAGUGUAUUAAAUCGGAGCGUGUGUAUCGUCGAAGCCUCGUCGGCCCUCAUUUUCCUCGAAGAACAUCGUGAAGGUCUUCCGAAUAAAAGGCGGUGGAUGUUUCGUUCUGACGAGCCCCGUUAUUUACACAUAAACCAUACCAAAGACGACUCUCUCCUGCGCUCAAUAAAUCCAUGCGAUGACCGAAUGUUUCAGCUUUUAUCACGUGAAUUAAAUAUUACCUAUACGAUCUGCUGAGAAACUGAUAAAAUUGACACUCGUUGAUAUGAUUCGGUCCGACCUGGUCAUAAUUUAUAAAUUUCAGCGGCCAAUGCAGAUAUAUAUUAAAAUAUUGUAAAUUGUCCAUUAAGACAGUUUCGUAGUUUCUUACGUAUCUAGCGGAUUUGAAUGCGCCAAUGGAUAAUUUUAUAUUUACAAAUAUAUACAAGUGUAAAUGUAAACCUGAUGCCUGAAGAAACCGCUCAAUAACGGGCAUAUUUUGUUUAUAAUCCACCGGUUUAUAUGAGUAAAGCGCAGAUAGAAUAGUCCUGAGCGAAUUUAGUGAAUUGAUCCCACGAGUGAUGGGACAAGGAGCGAAUUCCCGCAAGGUCCCUCUCGCCCGUUAUUUUUAUUCUACGACAAGGCUGCAAACUGUAAUAUUAUUAUUAGAAUUUACACAGUGUACCAUAUACAGUGAGAUUCGGAGUGAGUGGCCGGUGGAUGUGUUAUAAUUAGUUGCGGAUCUCACGAUCCGACCUUUCGUUUACUAUGAUUGAUCUCAACACGAUAUUCGAUCCUAAUGUUUUAAUUUCUUUUGCGGUUUAGUGUACCGCUUUUAUUAGUGUAUGUUAUUGAAGAGAUAUGGACGCUGUCUGCGCGUUAAGUAGUGUUGGAUGUAGGCUUUGAGUAAUUUUAUGUAUGUCGUUUCUGUAAACAUCUCUUGCAGUUAUGUUAUUGUAAAUUAUUACUAUGUAUUAAAAAAAGCUCAUGUGGAACAAUUUAUCCAUGUCAUUAAUAUCUAUGAUUGUCAUUCAUUAAUUAACUUAAUGGCGUAACUCUUAAAAUACAAUGCCAUACAGUAUAAUGUAAAAAAGUCAUAAUUAUUUGAACUAUAUAUGCCCUGUGCAAGUUUUACAUUGAAAUAAUCUUGGUGUUUCAUAUUAUCCCAUAGAAAUUGAUUGGUUACAUAUAAAUGAUUCUUAGAAGUUUAAAGGUAGCACUUUUGAGAAUUUCGAACUAGUUACGGUAAGCGAAUGCAAUAAAUCUGUGUAAAGUAUUGUGGCGCGAUUUUAUAUACAUUGUUACUUAUAUAUUGUCCGAAAAAAUUAUUGCCAGAAUGUCAUGUUCCCAAUUUUUUCAUUAACCAUCUUAUUCUUAGAACCUUUGAAAGCAAGCUCGAACAAGCGAGCGAAAUUACUAUUUUGCCUGCAUUCAGUUGGUAUUGUUAUGUAACUGCAUUCAGCUGGUAUUGUUAUGUAACAGUGUAUACAAAUUCACGUCACAUUUAGAAGAUGUAGGUGACUCGAGUGAUUGUAAGAAGUAAAUUGAAAUUGUUGGUAUUUUAUAUAGAUGAGCUACGAUCCCACCAUUAAAAUAUGUCUAAGUACUAAAUCAUAAGAGGUAUCACAAGUGGCGCCAUGGAUAUUUUUAUUUUAUUUGGGUACCUAGUCUCGUAAUAUUUAACGCCUUACUCUUGUUUUUCGAUGGCUGUUCAAUUAGAUCAACAUUGAAACGUUAAACGUUAUGGUACUAAGAGCCUCGAUUCCAAUGGCAUAUUGUGAUUUUUUCCUUCAAAUUUCCAUAGGUUUAAACACACAUGCUUUUGUUUUGUUUUCAUAUGUAGAUAACCUGAAUAAUUUGAAAUUUAAAUGUAUUGUUGUCGUUAGUUUGCUUCAUCAAAUUGUAUAUUAUUGCGUGUGACGUCACAACGACGUAUAAGUGGCCCUUCAUAUUGCUCACUAAAAAAUUGUAUUUAAUUCCAAAUUAUAUCGCUUCACCAUAACAAUUAGAUGCAUGGCUUUCGUUGGUAGAUAUAGUAUAAUAUACUAUUUAUCGAAGCCAAAUGCAACCCAUGUGUAAAAGUGUUGUGGAGGAGUUAAACAUCAAUGAAUUUUUAAUUUUAUUUCAUUAGAUUAUUAUUUUUCACGUCUUAUUAUUACCUACUUUAUAUUAUUGAUUUUCUUUUAAUAUUUUUCUUAUUUGUCAUGAUUGUGAAUGAUGAAGUACCAUUCUUUUAUAGGGUCUGUAAAAAUUCCCAAUAUUGAAUUAAUGUACUGUGGCCAAUAAAUUAUAAUAUUUAAUACCAUUUUAUACCCACUUCCCAUUUACAUAGCAGACAGAUGUUUUUGUGUAAUUAUAAUGUAGUUACAAAAAAAUUGUCAAAAUAACUGUGAUUUUCAAAAUUGUCAGUAAGUUGAGCAAAUAAAUGAAAUGAUGUAAAAUGA